UUCCCAGGUUGCCCCGCGCUGCUGUCAUGGUUCCUUCCCUUUGGCCGAAUCUGCACAUGGUGCUCUAGAUCUGUGGAUGUCUUUAGGGUAACUGUAGCCACUAGACUUCGGCGACUUUAGACUCGUCUCUUUUCACUUUUUGUUCACGUUUGAGUGACCAUUGUAGGAACUUACUUUGUGUGCCACCAUGUGCGGGGUGAUGUGGACCCCGGAGGUGGCAGUUCUGAGGGGCUUCUCUACUGAGACUGAGCGGCAGCAGUGGAAGCAGGAGGAAGCGUCUGACUCAGAGAGUGGAUCACUCUUACAGUUGCUGUUAGAAGGGCGCUAUGAGGCUGUGUUCUUCCAUUCAGUGACUCAAAAUAUUUUAAAAUUUUCAACAAUGUCUGAAGAAAAGAUUGACAGCUACCUGGAAAAGCAGAUAGUAACAUUCCUGGAUUGCUCUGCAGAUUUGGACAAAACAGAAAGACAGCGGCUGAUAUUCGUGCUUGGUGUGAGCAGUUUGCAGCUUUUUGUUCAGAGUAACUGGACUGGGCCUAUUGUGGACUUGCAUCCUCGGGAUUUUUUGCCAUCUGCUCUGUUCCAGCAAUUUAGUGAGGUCAAAGAACUGGAUAUGGUUGUUCUGAGCCUGCUCACUCUAGAUGGUGAAUCAGUGUAUGGUCUGACUACAAAACCUAUCCUGCUACUGAUUGCACACAUUAUCCUGGUGAAUAUAAGACAUAAACUGACAGCUGUUCAGAGCUUGCCAUGGUGGACUUUGAGAUGUGCGAAUAUUCACCAGCAGUUGCUUGAGGAGCGCUCACCUCAGCUUUUUGCUCUUGUUGAAAACUGCAUUGAUCAAGUGUUGAAACUAGAGCAUCUGUUUGCAGGUGAUUCGGGUCGAUAUUUCGCAAUUCAAUUCCAUCUGGAAUGUGCAUAUAUAUUUUUAUAUUAUUAUGAAUAUAGAAAAGCAAAAGAGCAGUUUAGUAUUGCUCAAGACAUUGGCAAAUUGCAUAUUGAUUUGACAGGUGCAUUAGGAAAAAGAACACGAUUCCAGGAAAAUUAUGUAGCACAACUGAUUGUAGAUGUAAGAAGGGAAGAGGAUGGCCUUUCACACUCUGAAUUCAGUCCAGCACCCACUCCUCAGGAACAUUUAACCAAGAAUCUUGAGCUCAAUGAUGAUACUGUUCUGAAUGAGAUAAAGUUAGCGGACUGUGAACAAUUUCAGAUGCCCGACCUAUGUGCCGAAGAGCUUGCUGUUAUUCUUGGAGUCUGCACAAAUUUUCAGAAGAAUAAUCCAGUGCAUAAGUUAACUGAAGAGGAGCUGCUGGCAUUUACAUCAUGUUUGCUUUCACAACCAAAGUUCUGGGCCAUUCAGACUUCGGCCUUGAUCCUCCGGACAAAACUUGAGCGAGGAAGCACACGCCGAGUGGAACGGGCCAUGAGGCAGACACAGGCUCUUGCGGACCAGUUUGAGGAUAAAACUACAUCUGUGCUGGAACGUCUGAAGAUUUUCUACUGCUGUCAAGUACCACCUCACUGGGCCAUCCAGCGCCAACUUGCAAGUUUGCUGUUUGAGUUGGGGUGUGCAAAUUCAGCCCUUCAGAUAUUUGAGAAGCUGGAAAUGUGGGAAGAUGUGGUCAUUUGUUACGAAAGGGCUGGGCGGCACGGGAAGGCAGAAGAAAUCCUUAGGCAAGAGCUGGAGAAAAAAGAAACACCAAGUUUGUACUGCUUGCUGGGAGAUGUCCUUGGAGAUCACUCCUGCUAUGACAAGGCCUGGGAGCUGUCCCAGCACCGCAGUGCUCGGGCCCAGCGCUCCAAAGCCCUUCUUCAUCUUCGCAACAAGGAGUUUCAAGACUGUGUGGAGUGCUUUGAACGCUCGGUGAAGAUUAACCCUAUGCAGCUCGGAGUGUGGUUUUCUCUAGGCUGUGCCUAUUUGGCCUUGGAAGAUUAUGGAGGCUCAGCAAAGGCAUUUCAGCGCUGUGUGACCCUAGAACCUGAUAAUGCUGAAGCGUGGAACAAUUUAUCAACUUCCUAUAUCCGAUUGAAACAAAAAGUAAAAGCUUUUAGAACUUUACAAGAAGCUCUCAAGUGUAACUAUGAACACUGGCAAAUCUGGGAAAACUACAUUCUCACCAGCACUGAUGUUGGGGAAUUUUCAGAAGCAAUUAAAGCAUAUCACCGACUCUUGGACUUAAGAGACAAGUACAAAGAUGUUCAGGUCCUUACAAUUCUGGUCAGGGCAGUGACUGAGGAGAUGCCUGAUCGAAGUGGAGAUGUUGCCACGAGCCUCAAAGGAAAGCUACAGGAGUUAUUUGGCAGAGUAACUUCGAGAGUAACCAACGAUGGUGAAAUCUGGAGGCUGUAUGCCCAAGUGUGUGGGAAUGGGCAGAGUGAGAGGCCGGAUGAGAACAAGAAGGCGUUCCAGUAUCUCUCAAAGGCAUACAAGUGUGACACCCAGUCCAGUUGUUGGGAGAAAGAUAUUGCAUCAUUUAAGGAGGUCGUUCAAAGAGCCUUAGGGCUUGCACAUGUGGCUAUGAAAUGCUGUGAAAACAAACCUAGUCCUCAAGAAGCUGUACAGAUGCUUUCUUCAGUUCGACUCAAUUUACGGGGCUUACUAUCUAAGGCAAAGCAACGUUUUACAGAUGUGACAAGUGGAGAAGUUUCCGGUGAGUUAGCAAAUGAAAUAGCAGCUAUGGAUGCCUUGGUAACAGAACUUCAAGACCUAAGCAACCAGUUUCGAAAUCAGUAUUGACCAUGCUGGGAACAGUUCUUGGAAAAGGUGCUUCUGCCUUUCUGGAAUUUUUCUUAUACCCGUGUAUUUGAAACACAAGAUACUGAUUUUUUAAAAUAAAUUUCAGUUUCAUGGCUUAAGUCCUUGUUUUUGUGAUAGUCCCAAAUGUUUGCAUUUUCUGAAGUACAUAAAUUAUUUAUUUGGGCCUAGAUAUGGUUAAAUUCAGUAUUUAUAUUGUCCUUGAGGUAUUUCAGCACAAAGAACAAAAUGUGAGUUUUCUUUUUAGUGUAGGGUUUAUUCUCUCUCUGCCUAACAUGAAUUGGAUCAUUCUUCGGAAAAACUUAGUCUAAGCAGAAAAAAAAAUUAUAUAUUCCAAGUUGGUGGAAUUAGAUUGGCUGCUUCAUCGUCCAAGAGUGAUAAAAGAAUGGAUUUCGAGACGGAAACAUUUACACUUCUUUAAAACUCUGUGUUUGUGUCAGAAAGAUAUAAACUUGGCUAAAUUGGAAGUAUGAGCAUGAUUUAACUUCUAAAUCAAGACAAUGCAAGAGAAAGUAUGACAUAACCCCAAUUACAACUCAACAGUUAGCCACUAGUGCAGGCUGUUACCUCCUCCUGCUGUGUACUGCCAGCCAGGAAGACGUUGUUUAAUAAGGUUAUUGUGGGUGAAUGCAGCUGUAAGUGGUGCCACAUUACAAAAAUGCCAAAGUAAAGUGCUUUCUUAGUAAUGUCUAUGGAAACAAAUAUUGAAAUAAAAGUCAUAGUGAAGAAUUCGGUUACUGGCUUGGACUGCUAAAUUUUGGGUCCCCUGCAUAAAUCACUUGACCCUUGUGUUUUUCCAUGUUCAUAUUUAAAGAUGUAAAUCAUUGUGACUCCUAGGUUCUUCGUGAGUUUCCAGUGCACUUGAAAACUUAGCAUUUUGUAAUCCAUAAAUAUAAAGCACUCCGGACAUUUAAAAUUCUUUAAU